AUGGCCCCUACGGAAUGGACGGUCGUCGACUUUAUACACCGAGGCAUCCGUGUCCUAAACCUGCUGAUAUUGAUUCCUCUUUUAACGGCUUCUAUCAACGGCCUUGACUCGUCGUUGGUGAAUGGUCUCAUCAGCGCCGCCCAAGUCAUUGGUUCAAUCGCUGGUCUCCCACUCGCACCGUUCGCCGCUGACAGCCUAGGCCGACGACCAACGCUCUUCAUCGGGGCCCUCGUCAUGCUCGCCGGGGUCUCCCUCCAGAGCGCCGCGUUCAACAUCGGCAUGUUCAUCGGGGCCCGCGGGCUCAUCGGCUUCGGACUCACGUUCGCGCUCAACGCGGCACCCCUGCUCAUAACGGAGCUCGCGUAUCCGACGCAGCGCGGCAAGUUAACGGCCAUGUACAACGCGUCGUGGUAUUUAGGGAGCAUCCUAUCUGACGCGGCCGCGAACUUCGAAGCUGCAUGGACGUGCUUCGGCGCCUGGAACGGCGCGGGGACCUCGCCUUGGUCGUGGCGCGUCCCUACGCUCAUACAGGCUCUUGGGCCGCUCAUCCAGGUGUGCUUGAUAUGGAUCGUGCCCGAAUCGCCCCGGUUCCUCGUCGCGAAAGGCCUCGAAGGACAAGCGGCGGCGGCGCUCGCACGGUUCCACUCAAUGACGGGUGACGAGCGCGACCCGCUCAUCGUGUUCGAGAUGGCGCAGAUCCGGCACGCGCUGAAGAUGGAGAAGGAGGUCGUGUCGAAGACGUCAUUCACCACGCUCUUCGCGACCCCGGGGAACAGGAAGCGGAUGUGCAUCAUCAUCGCCCUCGCCGUCUUCUCGCAGUGGAGCGGAAACGGUCUGGUCUCGUAUUACAUUAACCUCGUGUUGGAAGGUGUUGGCAUCUCCGAUCCGGGCACGAAGGCGGCCAUCAAUGGAGGACUUCAGAUAUGGAACUUGAUAGCAGCUAUGGCAGGCGCGCUGCUGGUAGACAAGCUUGGCCGAAGAACACUCUUUAUUAUCUCAAAUAUCGGCAUGUUAAUCGAUUUCGGCGUAUGGACGCUCACCACCGCUCUUUUCCGAAAUUUGGACGACACAACGGCAGCGAAAGCAUCCGCGCGAAAGGCUUCGCAGUGA